CACAAACUAUCUCCUCACUCACUCAUUCACGAUGCGGUUUUCCCUCCUUACUACACUGGCCCUCGCCGCCUCCGCCAAUGCGGCCAUUAUCUUUGUCGGCUCGUACGGUGGCCAGAUCCACAGCGUCAACCUCAAUGACUCCACGGGAGCGUUGACUCUGCUCUCGUCGACUUCGGCGUCAGCCCCAGAUCCCUCGUGGCAGGAAACUUCGCCCGUGGCUAAAGACAUCCUGUACACCGUUGAGGAGCGGGCCUCAGGCAACUACUCGUUGGGAGCUGUCACGUCCUACCGUAUCGGUUCAAAUGGAGCCCUUACGAAGCUGUUCUCCACCACCCAGAUGGGCGGCCCCGUGAGCAUGACCGUCUCGCCGAACGGAAAGAUGAUCGUCACAGCUAGCUACGUUGGAGGCGGUGUCACGGCAUUCACGGCCAACCCAUCAACCGGCAGCAUCACCUUCCUGAAGGACUUCACCUAUACUCUCUCCGCGCCCGGUGCCGUCCCAGAGCGUCAGGAAGCCCCCCACCCCCACCAAGCUCUCUUCGAUGCCACGGGCAAAUACGUGCUCGUGCCCGACCUCGGCGCGGAUCUCAUCCGCAUCUACGGCGUGAGCGGUGCCCAGCUCACCGAGCUCCAACCUGUCGCUGUGACACCUGGUACCGGCCCACGCCACGGCAUGUUCUGGCCCAAGACCGGGACCCCCAAGUACUACUACCUCGUCGGCGAGAUAGUGAACUCCGUCUUGGUAUAUGAGGUCAGCUACAGCUCUGCGGGCAUCGCGCUGAAGCUCGUCCAAACCAUCUCGACGCUCCCCACACCCACCAGUGGCACUCCCCCGUCGACCACCAGCGCCGCGCCAUGGACCACGCCCUCCGCCGGCGAAAUCGCCAUCUCUCCGGACGGUGAAACCAUCUACGUCUCCAACCGCAACGACAAGGUCUUCAUCGCCACCACGGGAACCGACUCUGUCGCUACCUACUCGACUACGGACGAGGGUCUGUUGGAGUUGCUCGAGAUCAUUGACGCAAAGGUCUCGACCCCCAGGCAUAUCGCCGUCGACCCGAAGGGGAAGUGGUUCAUUACCGAGGGUCAGUCGAGCGCGGAUAUGUUUGUUUUCAAGAGGGAUGCCGAUGGAACGGUCGUUGAUGCGCCUGUGGCUUCGUUGGCGGUGGCCGGUGGGCCCGUGUGUGUCACUUGGUCUAGGAAGACGUAGCGGUUGAGUCGUUGCAGAUAAGUUAUAGGUCCAGGGGACCAUGUACGGUAGUUUGUGUUUGAGGAAGGGAGGCAUGGGGGAGUUGCUUGACUGCAAUACGUUCAUGUCUAGAGUAUCUAGUAGCAGUGAUAAAGUUAUGUAUAGGUAUCCUGACUUUCGUCUGGGCUUAGCUACAGCGUUAUGGAUUGAGUCAAUUGAAUUAGGAC